GGAUUCGGAUAACUCGGUAGUUAUAAAUAUGGAUUUAUUAAAGCAAACCAAACGCAAUAUAUACGGAGUGCUCACAAACUAUUACAAUAAGAUGUUACCCAUUUUGGACUCGGAUAGAGUUGUACUCCAUCUGUUAUCAGCGAUAGUGCUGUUCAAUCCCGAUAAAGACAAUAUCAUUCACAGGGAAGCUAUCAAAGUUCAGCAAAACAUUUACAUGCAUUUACUCAAGAGAUAUCUGUCCAUCAAAUACUGUAAUGAAUGCGAGUCUAAGACUAGAUUCUUGAGACUAAUGAAUACAUUGCAAGACAUUAGUCUAUUGGGCAAAAUACAGAGGGAAAACACCACGGAGACUUUUGCUGAAAUUCCAACCCCAUAUGUAUUCCCCCUCAUCAGAGAAAUUAUCAUGUAA